AUGCGUUCAACAAUAUUCGCAGCAGCCAGUCUGCUAUGCGGAGCACUCGCCCAUGGUAACCACGAAGGGUCGCAAAAGCCAAUGGUCAGCGAGAACGCCAACUGGAUGACGAGGCACAUGGCCGAGGAACACCACAUAAGCGACUUCGACGCCUCGUCCUUCUUCACGUUACACGACUUCGACGGCGACGGCCGGUGGGAGCCCGAGGAGAUGCUGCGGACAUACGGGCUCAUGGACGACUCCAACGCCGACCUCGCGCCAGCGCGCCGCGACGAAAUCCGACGGGAGCUGCUGCGGCAGCUGGACACCAACGGCGACGGCAUCGUGUCGCGCGACGAGUUCGUGCGCUUCAUCGCCUUGGGAAAGACGCUGCCGGACCUCGCCACGGGCCCCGGCCACCACGGCGACGACGAGUACGAGUACGAGAUCCACCACUGGGAGAAGUACCACGACGAGAACACGCGGCUGGAGGACCUCACGCACCCCGAGGACAUCGAGCACUUCAGGAAGCACGACCAGAUGGAUGAGGCCGAGGAGCGGCUCGAGGCGCUGAAUCGGAUGGCCAUUGUGGAGGGCAAUAUCCCGAGCAAGUUCAGGAGAGGUGGUUGA